UUGGUCAGCUGCGAUUGGUGGCCAGAGUCUGCUCCCGGACGGUAACAGAGGACCGUGAAACGACCGGAAGGCUGGGCGACGGCCGUGAUUCAGUUCAUAAACAGACCGGCCGCGAUUAGAGGGCGAUGUGGUAGGGCAGUGCGACACAUAGGAGCGCCGCCAGUGUCGAGACGCCGGUCAGUCUGCCAGGAGCCGCCGGACCCACCCGAACUCACGAUCACCGGGGAGAGUGAGGGGAGAAACGAGUGGUGUUACAAACACAGAAAAAUGGCGAUACAAAUCGGUCACGUUAUAUUCUUCUUUUUGCUGCUGAGCUGGGUGGACGGCCACGGUCGGUUGCUGCGGCCGCCCGCACGCUCAUCCCUCUGGAGGUUCGGCUACAAGUCGCCGAUCAACUACGACGACAACCAGCUCUACUGCGGCGGCAGAGAUCACCAAAUAUCGCUGGGCGGGCGCUGCGGCAUCUGUGGCGAUCCUUACGACGAGCCUGUACCGCGGACUAACGAGAUCGGCGGGCCGGUGUACCGCGGGUACAUCACCGAGCGGUACCUCGAACAGCAGGUUAUAGAGGUCGAUGUGCACAUCACGGCCAACCACAAGGGCUUCAUCCAGUUCAAGAUCUGUUCGGUGCCAGGCUUCGACACAGAAGCGACCCAGGAAUGUCUGGACCGCCACGUGCUAACGGUAGCGGACUCGGAGGUGACAGAGAUACCGAUCCACCCCCGGGACCGGCGUGUGAAGGUGUGGCUCCAGCUGCCGGCCGGCCUCACCUGCCAGCACUGCGUCUUCCAGUGGCGCUACCACGCCGGAAACAGCUGGGGUCAGUGCGUGAACGGCUCGUACGCGGUCGGCUGCGGCCCCCAGGAGGAGUUCUACGGCUGCUCGGACGUCGCCGUCGGUGACGACGUUGGUCCGUCGGACUACCGUCCGACCGUGCCGGAGGUUCCGAAUGAGGUGGACGAGGCGAGAAAGGCCCGGCCGAUUCCUGCGGCGGCUCCGGUCCCGAUUCCAGCACGCCCGGCGGCUCGUCCGGCCCGCCCGACCCGACCUGUCCAGUCGAAGGUCCGCCCGGUCCGCCCGGUCCGCCCGGCUCGUCCAGAGGUCCGCCCAGCUCGUCCGGAGGUCCGCCCGAUCAGGCCGAGGAUCCGCCCUGCCCGUCCGACCUCUCCGGCGACUUCAGCACCGACCACUGAAGUUGAGCCUGCCGCGCGCGUCUGUGUCAGCGUGGGUGCCAUGUCGAGGGUACCCGGUAUGGACGCCUGGUGUCAGCUCAACUGCAACCACUCUCCUCGCUACUGCCCUCCAGAGAUCUGCAGAUGCUGAGCGGCGCACUAACGAAAUUCCGGAGAUCUGUGGCCUGCCGAGUGCCAAGGCUUUCCUAGCAUCUGCAGUUGUUGAGGGCGGCUGCCUCUCAGAGAUCUGCAGUCGUUGAGGGAUAUCUUCCUGAGAGCUACAGCUGCUGAAAUCGGGAGCCCCAGUCUUCUUUCUUCUUGAGAUCAGCAGCUGCUGAGGUCCCGUAGACUAUCGUCCAUUGCUCAUUGAUCGUGCUUUGAUGAACACCUUUGGGCAUGGGAUGGGCAUUAGGUUAUUGGGUAUCGCAACACCUUGACAUGUGAAGUUCCAAAAGUGGAACGAUUCAGGGAUGCUCCAGCGUUCAGUAUUAAUACAGCACUCAGGAGAGAAACAAGCCACAGUUCCGUGUGAAUUCAUAUAGCAUUGCUGCAGCGAUUCAGUAUGACAUGACAAGGAAACAAAGAUGAUCAAGUGACCUGAACGAACAUUGCAAAUGACCAUUCAUUCACAUUUGUUCUUUUACAUGUGACCUUCCGGGACAAGGUCCACCGACAAGAUGCCAGCUUGUACUCAGGGAGCCUGUAGUUGCUCUGACUGACAGCGAGACUUCGGAGACGACGUUUGCGAUCCUUUUGGCAUGCGCUAUAGGGCAUUUUAUUCACUGUUGAGACAUCGGCACCGCCUAAAUUAGCCGGUGCAUUACUACUGAUGUCAUCCAUGUUUGCAAAUAUAUCUGCUUAUCAGCCUUG